UGUCAUUUGAAUAGGGAGGGUUUUUCACGGGUGUUUUUAAAAUAAAAUUGUAAUUAAAUUACAAAAUAAUCAUGUAUACUGAUGACAAUUCCGAUAAAGAAAGCGAGUGCGACGAUAGAAGUCCCCAAGAGAGUCCAAAUAUCACGAAGAAAUCGUUGUCGACCGUUGGGUUUAGAAAUAGUUCGGAUAAUCAGAAUUCCCGGCCGCUGGCGCUUCGAGCUACCCAGUCUUUUACGGGUGCUGUGGAAGAGUUAAGAUUAUGUGGUAAUUUUCAGAGGAUAAACCUGUGCAACCGUAUGAACGUUAUGUCAGCCCCCAAAGUCGCCACCGUGUGCCCUUGCGGUUGUCUGCUAAGACCUGCGACCACUGGGCCUUUCAGAACGAGAGAACAGACUACCCUAGCACUUCAUGUUGUUUCCCCAGAGGUACUGAAUCAUCAUGGAUACAGUUUUGACCCAAGUCAAAUAGCUAUGUUUUGGAAAAAAGAUUGCAGAAUGUUCCUAUGGAAAGGAAAAGCUAAAGCGAAAAAUGUGAUCGUCGCCGACCCACGCAAGAAAGCACUUGACAGUAUGAAAUAAUUAUCAUUAGGGUGCCUAAUGAGUGUCCAAAAGCAAAAACAAUACAUUGGUAUUCUAAAUCUUUAUUACUUAUGCAAAUUAAAUAAAAACUCUAUAAAUAUAACAUAAUGUGACUUUCAUUCAGCAUAUCUCCAACUC